AUGGCGUCUAUUUCCUUGCCUCCGCCGUCCCAUUCCACCAUGGUUUCCCAGGAUUUCCAUUCGUCCCCCCAUCAGGUUUUCCAACACAACCGUCGCAAUUUGAGUAUGUCGGGGCCGUUUCCUAACCCUCCGUUCGUUUUCCCGGCACGCGACCCGGAUCAUUCCAAGAGCAUUCCUCCUCCAGCAACAUCCCCUGCGAUUCUGGGAUCUCGGGGCCCUCGUACUCCUCCAUCGCUUCCCGCAUUCUCUUUCAACCCGGGUUCCGUUCAGGCGUCUCAACCUUCACCACAACACUCCCCGACUGGCCCGUCGACGAAUAGGCCAGCCGGGCAUCGUCGGCGACCUAGCGAAUUCGUGGGUGGUGAUCGUCUGGUGACCCCGCCAGUAGCAGAGACGAAUCAGACGAAGGACGAGAAACCCCUGCAAUGUCCGGAGAAACUCCCCGCGCCGGGGCCAGGUUUCAGUGCCGGUGGUCCAGGAAAGCGCGGCCGUCAUGCCCAUCGUCGCUCAGCAGCUGUGUCAAGUGUCGAUCUCACCGCGAUUUCCAACGCAUUGAACAUGCAACCCACCGUUGGUAGCGCUCCUGUUGUCCCCGCGGAUAGGAAACGGGAUAAUCCCACGUUCGAUGAGAUCCCACGGCCGAUGUCUCAUUCGGCUACCAGUCUGUCUCGAUGCUCACCUCCUGCAUCCCCUGCAGGUGGAACAUCUGCAUCUCAUCCUAACCUCCCAGUUCCCGGUGGCCUUCUUGCUCCUGAGCAGCUCCCCUCUUCAGCUGUACCAGCGGAGACACCCACGCCCGCAAUUCAACCGGAACAGGCUACUAGAAAUAGUGGGCCUCCAGCCAUUGAGAUAUCGCCAUCCAACGACGAAAAGCCCCGCGUUAGACCAAAAACCGCUGAUGCAUCGUGGUUAUUUGAUCAGAGCAGCAGCGGCGCAGCCGGCAACGGUACGCAAUCGAAACGACCUCUUUUAUCCACCGGCCAUACGCGCCACAAGAGCUUAUCGUCUGGAUUACUGGAUGCUGCCUUGAAGAAAAAGAACCACGCAAACGAAGAUGCUCAUUUGUCUGAUUUGUCCGGACGUUCUUCCUCCUCCGAUGAUGACUCGGACACCUCUACUACUGAAAACCAUGAAGAAUUCGCAGAGCAGCCCUCGAAAAAGAAAUCCAAGUCGAAGGCGAGGAAGAAGAAGGUGCGGUCGUGGGCUGGCUCCAUUCUGACGCGUGGAAAGGGUAAACGGAAUCCGUCAAAGAAGGAAGCCUUGGAGGACAACAGCCCUGUGCCCCCUCUGCUCACCAGGACGAACUCGGAACUAGGUUCGGGCUUGGAUGUGGACUUUGACGAUGAUAAUAUGGUUGUUCUUCGGGCACCCACGAAUACUGAAACACCAGCAAACCCUCCUCCCGCUGAUCCCGGGGUGCCGCAACCUGCGCCAUCGCUCGAAAGUUCGUGGAAACCAAGGAGCUUCUAUGAACAAGAUCUCCCAAAUGAUACGCUGACUCCGGUCAUCGAUCUGGAUGCCGCGCUUGGUCCGUUCAAUACUCCCGACAUGAAUGCUGGGCAAACUGCUGGAAGUAGCUUUUCCGCUGCAACGAAGCGCAUGUACAGUGGCGGGCGACGUGGUGAAUUCGUUGGUCCCGAAAUGCGUUACCAUCGCCGCGCGGAGAGUGCCCCAGAAAUGCCCCCGUUUGACCGCGGUGCCCUGGGUAACCAUCGGUUGACUACCAACUCUACUCUGGAAAACCCUGAUGUUUUCUAUGAGGAGGAGGAGGAUGCCUUCUUGGCUGCUACCAGCGAACCCUCGCCAGAGGAGGAGCGACGAGUGUCCCAGGCUGGUUCGGUUAUCUACUCGGAUGAACCCUCAACUAGUAACAAGGAUAGCUCCGAUACGGUCACACAACAGCCUGCGGAAGAGGAAGGGCCUCGCGCAGAGGGGCUGGGAAUCCAGGGGAACGUACCGGCUCAGGUUGCUGCACCCCUGUGGAACAACCUUGACAAUGAGCGCUUUGAACAAGGAAAGGUUGCGGAGCAAGUGCAUAGCGCCAGAAACCCGUUUGCGAACCCGCCACGUACUCCUGUUGAUGUUAUCAGGCAGGAAAGCUGGCAACAUAACCGCGCACCUGCUCCCCCCAGCCCUGAUGUCUCGCCUCGCUUCUUACCUGCCGAUAAACGGCCAUCGACAUCCCCCGUUGAUUUGGUUCCUAAUAUUCCACCGUUCUCGCUACAUGGUGGCUCUUCCCAACCGACCUCGGGGUUCCCAUCUCCUAUUUUCACCAACUCGCCGCCUGACGGUCCACGUUCAGUAACGACACCUUCGACGAUGGACCGCAACUUCUUUAUACCACCUUAUAAUAAUAUGUCGGCAGAGUUCCCCCACGGGUCGGUUGAGGACGUACCAUCUUUGACGAGCAGUACUUCGACCUCCACGAAUCCCUUACAACGAUUUUCCGCCACCUUUUUCCCUCGUCGCGGCUCCUCAGAUCGCGCAGCGUCAUUUUCCGCGGCUGUGCAUCGUCGAACCAGCGCAUCACAUGCUGCGAAGAGAUCCAGUCUUGCCAGUUUAUCCAAGCUUGUUGUUGGUCCCCAUGCUAACGAAAGGAGCAAGCUGAGCUACGAGGAGAAACCCCCGGGAGAUGUGCCUGAAAAGGGCAAAAAGAAAGGCCGGGGGAUAGGUCGACUCAAGCAUUUUUGGAGAACGAAAGAUAAAGAAAAGCAUCACGGGGAUACCGACCAAUGA